GGGCCUAGCCGGCUCAGCUGCUCCGAGGCUCUGGCAUGUCGGUUCCCGAUUCUGGUCCCCGGCCCCCAGCAGCGCCUGCCCCCUUCCCACCGGGGCCCCCCAUGAUGCCACCACCCUUCAUGCCCCCUCCAGGAAUCCCCCCGCCUUUUCCUCCGAUGGGGCUACCCCCCAUGAGCCAGAGACCACCCGCCAUCCCCCCCAUGCCGCCCGGCAUCAUGCCCCCCAUGCUCCCACCAAUGGGGUCGCCGCCGCCACUCACGCAGAUACCAGGAAUGGUACCUCCCAUGAUGCCAGGAAUGCUGAUGCCAGCGGUGCCUGUCACCGCAGCGACGGCUCCAGGUGUGGACACCGCCAGCUCUGCUGUGGCUGGGACAGGCCCUCCGAGGGCCCUAUGGAGUGAGCAUGUGGCCCCUGAUGGGCGCAUCUACUACUACAAUGCUGACGACAAGCAGUCCGUGUGGGAGAAGCCCAGCGUGCUCAAGUCCAAGGCAGAGCUUUUGCUGUCCCAGUGCCCCUGGAAAGAGUAUAAGUCGGACACAGGCAAACCUUACUACUAUAACAACCAGAGUAAGGAGUCCCGCUGGACCCGGCCGAAGGACUUGGAUGACCUGGAGGCUCUAGUCAAACAAGAGGCCAUAGGGAAGCAGCAGCAGCAGCAGCCACAGACACAGCAGACUCUACAGCCGCAGCCUCCUCAGCCACAGCCUGACCCCCCGCCUAUGCCUCCUGGCCCCACCCCAGUGCCUGUGGGCCUCCUCGAACCGGAGCCCGGCGGGAGUGAAGAUUGCGACGUGUCAGAUGCCGCCCAGACCUCGGAGCCGGGGUUCUUGCAGCAGCCAGAGGACGGCCCCAGCAGUUCUGCUGGACAGCAUCAGCCACCACAACAGGAGGAAGAGGAAUCAAAGCCAGAACCAGAGAGGUCUGGCCUCAGUUGGAGCAACCGGGAGAAGGCAAAACAGGCCUUUAAGGAGCUGCUGAGGGACAAGGCUGUCCCCUCCAAUGCCUCAUGGGAACAAGCCAUGAAGAUGGUGGUCACCGACCCCCGUUACAGUGCCUUGCCCAAACUGAGUGAGAAAAAGCAGGCAUUCAAUGCGUACAAGGCGCAGCGGGAGAAGGAGGAGAAAGAAGAGGCCCGGCUAAGGGCCAAGGAGGCUAAGCAGACCUUGCAGCACUUCUUGGAGCAGCACGAGCACAUGACCUCCACCACCCGCUACCGGCGGGCAGAGCAGACCUUUGGGGAGCUGGAGGUCUGGGCUGUGGUCCCUGAGAGGGAUCGAAAAGAGGUUUAUGAUGACGUCCUCUUCUUCCUGGCCAAGAAGGAGAAGGAACAGGCCAAGCAGCUCCGGCGCCGCAAUAUCCAGGCUCUGAAGAGCAUCCUGGAUGGGAUGAGCAGCGUCAACUUCCAAACCACAUGGUCCCAGGCCCAGCAGUACCUCAUGGAUAACCCCAGCUUUGCUCAGGACCAUCAGCUUCAGAACAUGGACAAGGAAGAUGCACUGAUCUGCUUUGAGGAGCACAUCCGAGCUUUGGAGAGGGAGGAGGAGGAGGAGCGGGAGCGGGCCCGGCUUCGGGAGCGGCGCCAGCAACGCAAGAACCGGGAGGCCUUCCAGACCUUCCUGGACGAGCUGCACGAGACAGGGCAGCUGCACUCCAUGUCCACCUGGAUGGAACUGUACCCAGCGGUCAGCACUGAUGUCCGCUUUGCCAACAUGCUGGGCCAGCCGGGCUCCACCCCUCUGGACCUGUUCAAGUUCUAUGUGGAGGAGUUGAAGGCCCGAUUUCACGAUGAGAAGAAGAUCAUUAAGGACAUCCUUAAGGACCGGGGCUUCUGUGUGGAAGUGAACACAGCCUUUGAGGACUUCGCCCACGUCAUAAGCUUUGACAAGAGGGCUGCUGCGCUGGACGCAGGCAACAUCAAGCUGACCUUCAAUAGUCUGCUGGAGAAAGCAGAGGCACGGGAGAGAGAGCGCGAGAAGGAGGCGGCACGAAGGCUGCGGCGCAGGGAAGCUGCCUUCCGAAGCAUGCUGAGGCAGGCCGUGCCUGCUCUGGAGCUGGGCACUGCCUGGGAAGAGGUCCGUGAGCGCUUUGUGUGCGACUCAGCCUUUGAGCAGAUCACCCUGGAGUCGGAGCGGAUCCGGCUCUUCCGGGAGUUCCUGCAGGUACUGGAGACUGAAUGCCAGCACCUCCACACCAAAGGCCGAAAGCACGGCAGAAAGGGCAAGAAGCACCAUCGCAAGCGUUCCCACUCGCCCUCAGGCUCUGAGUCGGAAGAAGAGGAGCUGCCCCCACCGUCUCUCCGGCCCCCGAAGCGGAGGCGGCAGAACCCCUCCGAAUCUGGCUCUGAGCCCUCUUCCUCACUUGAUUCAGUUGAAAGUGGGGGAGCUGCCCUUGGAGGACGGGGCUCCCCAUCCUCCCGCCUUCUCCUCGGAUCAGAUCAUGGCCUUCGGAAAACCAAGAAACCAAAAAAGAAAACUAAAAAGAGAAGACACAAGUCGAACAGUCCUGAGAGUGUGACAGACCCUGAGGAGAAAGCUGGCAAGGAGAGUGAUGAGAAAGAACCAGAACAGGACAAGGACAGGGAGCUCCGGCUGGCAGAGCUCCCUAAUCGCUCCCCAGGUUUUGGAAUCAAGAAGGAGAAGACGGGCUGGGACACGUCAGAAAGUGAGCUGAGUGAGGGUGAGCUGGAAAGGCGGCGGCGGACACUCCUGCAGCAGCUGGAUGACCACCAGUGACCCAACGAGCUGCUCGGCUUUGGGUCUGUGUGAGGCUGUGACUACUAGGUCACCCUCACUGUCUGCCCCAGACGCCUCCCUUAGUCUGGUCUGUGUCUAUUUUUCCUCAAGUAACCCCACCCCCAACACGCCAUUGACGGCACCUCCUGAGGUUGCUUGUUGUGAUCAAGGGUCCCCCAUUUCCCGGACAAUUAAUGCAGUCCUUGCCCUCAGCUCCACACGAGAUUGGUGGCGUAUGCCACGUGGGGCGGGUGGUGCCAGUAGAUAGAAUGUGAGAAGGGGCCUCCAGGGAAGUGACAGGCUGGUGGACACAGCCUGGGCGGCAGAGGGCAGCGUCCUCACCCUCUGGCAGCAGUGCCUGCUCCUGCCUGCCCAGGUCCUGGGGCUCCGCCAUGCCUUCCUUCCAGCCUUGGGACCCAGUUUAUCUGUUUUGUUUUGGUUUUGUUUUAUAAAUAAUAUUUAUAACAUGGCCAGUGGCUCUUUUGUCUUCA